AUGGAUGAAUUAAGGGUCAUUCUUGAAGGGUUGAUGUUUACGUUAGAUUUAGGGUUCAGGAGAGUAGAAGUAAACACAAAUUCUUUCGAGAUUGCUAGGGAUCUCAGUCUUGGUAGAUCCAUCAGGAGUGAUGGGCUAGAGAUGCUUAGAAAGAUUGAAAGCUUGUUAAGUCGCUUUGAUGAGGCCAUUGUCUCCCAUACGUAUAGAGAAACUAACAUGUGUGCGGAUGCGUUGGCUAAGUUUGGGUGUAGGUUGAGUUCAGAUAUGGCUUGUCUUUCCUCUGCUCCUAGUUUCAUUAAGCGUCUAAGUUGGGGGUUUCCACCUCUAAGGAGGUGUUCCUGUAGUGUUUUUUUUUUCUUUUGGGCCUUUGGCCUUCACUUAUACAAAAAAAAAAAGGUAAACUACCGAGACUCCAUUCAUCCAUUUCUGAUUCGUAAUUAG